GCGAGCUGCUUUCUUCUGGGCUGCGCCUCGGGACAGCGCCCGCCGCCGCCUGCCCUUGGGCGGGGGAUGAAGCCUGGCUCCCGCUGCGCGUAAAGACGGAACCGCCGCCGCCGCCGAACCCCAGGUCGGAAGAGCCCUCGCUGGUGAGCCCCGGCUCCACGCCCGAGCCCGCCGAGGACCGCUCACCGCCGCUCGCCCCAGACGCCGCCGUCCGGCCCGCCGCCCCCACCAUUCAGCGAGCAAGCCACCCUCCAGAUAUGCCCUGCGUGCAAGCCCAGUACAGUCCUUCGCCCCCCGGCUCCAGUUAUGCGGCACAGACCUUUGCCUAUGGCUCUGAGUACAGCCCUGAGAUCAUGAACCCCGACUACGCCAAGCUGAGCAUGGAGCUGAGCAGCGGGGAGAUCAGUGCUACGGCCACCACCUCUCUGCCCAGCUUCAGCACUUUCAUGGAGGGCUACUCUGGGAGCUACGAGCUCAAGCCCUCUUGCCUAUACCAAAUGCCAUCUGCCUCCUCUUCCUCGCCUUCCUCCUCGGCAAGCCAGAGGCCCCUCAUCAAGAUGGAAGACAGCCGGAUGCAUGGCUACCACCCGUCUCUGCCUCCCCCUGCAGACGAGGGCCUGGCCAACCCUUCCAUGUACUUCAAGCAGUCUCCUCCUUCCACGCCCACCACCCCGGGGUUCCCCCCCCACCAGACUCCGUGGGAUGAGCCCCCUCCGCCGCCACUUCCCCCCACACAGACCUGUAUGGCCCCCAGCCACCUGAUGGACACCGCCCCGAUGAAAACCACGCCUGGCCGCUUCCCUCUCUUCCAUUUCAAGCACUCGCCACCCCACGCUCCCACCGCCGGUGCCCACAUGUGCUACGAUACCACUGCCUUGAGCCUACCCCUUGGUCCCGAAAGGCCCGCCGCUAGCCAGGCUGUGAUGGAGAGCCAUCCCUACGGGUUGCCCUUGGCCAAGAGGGCAGCCGCUUUGGCCUUCUCGCCGCUGGGCCUCAGCUCACCCCCCUCCAGUCUUCUGGGCGAGAGCAGCGGCAGCAGCAGUGGCGGCCUCCCUUCCCCCCCCAGCAGAAGCUCCUCCUCAGGGGAGGGCACCUGCGCCGUGUGUGGGGACAACGCGGCCUGCCAGCACUACGGGGUACGCACCUGCGAAGGCUGCAAAGGAUUCUUCAAGAGGACAGUUCAGAAAAAUGCAAAAUAUGUUUGCCUGGCUAAUAAAAACUGCCCAGUGGAUAAGCGCCGUCGGAACAGAUGUCAAUACUGCCGAUUUCAGAAGUGUCUCAGCGUCGGCAUGGUAAAAGAAGUUGUCCGCACUGACAGUUUAAAAGGACGACGAGGCCGGCUGCCCUCCAAACCAAAGAGCCCGUUACAGCAGGAUCCACCCCAGCCCUCCCCACCGUCUCCUCCCGCCAGCAUGCUCAGUGCCCUCAUGCGAGCUUUGUCCGAUUCUGCACCCCGAGAGCUUGACUACUCCAGGUACUGUUCUACUGAGCAGGCCUCUGCAGGUACAGAUGCUGAACAUGUCCAGCAGUUCUACAACCUUCUCACGGCCUCCCUCGACAUAUCCAGGAGCUGGGCAGAAAAAAUCCCAGGAUUUAUGGACCUCCCAAAGGAAGAUCAAACGUUACUCGUCGAAUCAUCUUUUUUGGAGCUUUUUGUACUGAGACUGUCCAUCAGAUCUGACACCGCUGAAGAUAAGUUUGUUUUCUGCAAUGGACUCGUGCUUCAUAGACUUCAGUGCCUUCGUGGAUUUGGGGAGUGGCUCGACUCCAUUAAAGACUUUUCCUUAAAUUUACAGAGCCUCAACCUUGAUAUCCCAGCCUUAGCAUGCUUAUCAGCUCUAAGUAUGAUCACAGAACGACAUGGAUUAAAAGAACCAAAGAAAGUGCAUGAGCUAUGCAACAAGAUCAUGGGUGGUUUGAAAGAUCACUUAGCCUUCAGCUGCCAGAGCAAAGGGCCACCUUUUGAGUCCGCUGACGAGUCAAAGGUCCUGGGGGUACUCGCUGACUUGCGUUCGCUCUGCACAUUAGGACUACAGCGGAUCUUUUACCUGAAGUUGGAGGAUUUGGUGCCACCCCCAUCCAUCAUCGACAAGCUGUUUCUGGACACCUUGCCGUUCUGAGGUUUUUCAGCAGCAUUCGCAGAAGGCGACUGUCUCCCUAAACAGGCAAAGGAAUCGGGACUGAUGGCUAACAACGCUGCUCCCAUUUAACAGGGGGAAAACCCAAGCUGUCCCUGCCCUAAACAGUGGACUUUUUCUAAUGCAUUUCCUUGCAAACUGACUUGCAGUUUCUGGAGAUAGGGGACUGGGGAAGGAGGGAGCUGAGUGCUGUUUUGGUUCUGGGUUUUUUUUUAUGACUAAUAUGGCACUUUUGAAUGAUGCUACCCCAGCAGGGAAAAAAAUAGAUGUUAAUAGGACUGUUUAAAAUCUAUUGCAUCCUUCGCGGUGAAUAGAGAAUUGUAGAUGCUGUGUGUUUGCAACCGGAACAAUGACAAAUUGUUCAUCAGGGUAGUCUGUGUUUUACAGUUUAUACCUUUUAGCAUACUUCCCAAUACGAAGGGCACAUUAUGCUGGCACAAAUUAAAAUGUCCUCUUGCUCUCUUCAACUUUUUUUAUUCUAACAAUGUUCGUUCACUGUUUCAUACAAAAUCAGAAUUAUAGCAAAACGACAACGGCUGUUAGCCCCCCUUCCCCCACCCCCCCGUGAUCAAGUGCAAUUUUUUUAAAGUGCUGUCUUACUAAGUCUUGUUUAUUAACUAUAAUUUAUUUUAAUAUGAAAAUUAAAACAAAAAGAAAAGUGAGGAGGAAAAAAAAUAAGUUUUUACAUGCACUAACUUCCAGGACAAAGUUUUCUCAAACUUUGAAUCAAUGUAGCAUGACUUACAGACAAGCAUCUAUGGAAAGGGAGGGGCUGGGGCCACUUAGGAUGGGGGGGUCACCCACUGCUCCUCUAAGGCCGAUUAAGAACACCUGCAUAGUAACUGGAGUGGACAGGGUAAACGUCAGGUUUUAGAAGCAAAUCUCGCAGAACGGUUAGUAAACCAGUACAAGACCACAUGGAAGAGUAGUCUUGUAAAAAAAAAAAAAAGUCCGAAUGUAAAUGUUAGGAAAUGGGUUUUGUGGGCUGCAUUUUAAACAUUCCGUGUACGUUACUCCCCUUUUUGUAUGUUUAUACUGUUGAUGCCAUAUUAAUAUGAAGCAAUUGGUGGCAUAGUGUCCUUAUUUGUAUAAAUAUUUGUAUGCAUGAUAUAUUGUAAAGCUUUGCCUGUAUUUAUUGCAACGACUGCCAGCUCCCGGGAGCCGUGUUACACCAAGUGACUCGUGUGUUCACACUGACUCAGUUAUAUAAUGAGCAUGUGUGGGUGUGGGUGUGGAUAGUAUCUCUCGCACGCACACGUAUGUGUGUAUUUUUAUUAACCAGUUGUAUAUAAAAACUGUCCUUUCACAAGCAAACUUUUAUCUUUACUGUUUAUUUGCAGUGACUUUUAAGCAAGUACAAUCUAGCACUUUGAUAUUGAAAAAAACUUGCUCAUGUUUUGCUAACUUAAAUAAUAUUUAAAUAUUUUAGUUCUUUACAAAAAAAAUUUAUAUGCACUGUAUUAAGUCAAGGUUUCAUUGGUCAUUUUGCUAAGAAAAAAAUAACUUUUUGAAUGUCAA